UUUCUUCUCUGGUUCUCAAAAAUAUCUUCACAUUAUCCCUGUUCUAGAGAGAGAAAGAGAGAUAUGGAAGGAAACGGGAGGCCAAAUCGAAGCGACAUUCACAUUUCAAAGGAAGAUGAAGCGAAAAUCGAAGAAGAAACAAGAGAGUAUUUCAACGGAUUAGCUCCAAAACGUCAUACCAAGCCACAACGCAGUGAAUACUCUCUUCAAUACGUAGAUUCUACCGACGGAUCCAUUCCAGAGCUUACAGUGUUCCAGAAACUCGAACACGACGAUAAUCAGAAACUAGAUUACAAAGGCGGUGAAGUAUCAUCUGAAGAAUUCACUGAAACAGAGUAUUACAAAGAUCUGAAUAGUAUUGACAAACAACAUCACACUACUGGAAAAGGAUUCAUCAAGACGGAUAACUGUAACUGCUUCAGUCUUACGCCAGAUCCAGUUACGAUCACUUGCCAUCCUUCUUGCCGUGGAAAUCCAGCCACUAAUGACUGGAUUCCGGCUGAAAUCGAUGAUAAGGUAAGUUUUGCUUCUUCUGAUAAGCCGAAUCGAAGUGAGAAUUGAAAUUGGGAAUCAAACGUGCUUCAUGGAAAUCCAGGUGUUGUAUUUUAUCAAUUUCUGUAUUAUGUUUUUUAUGUAAUUGUAUUGACGCUUGUAAUGAAAUUUUAUUUGGAGUUCUCUUUAUUUAAA